CCCGAUAAGACGACCGACCCAAAGACCCUUGAUAACCGCCAGCCUUGUCAUGCACUCUUCGCCCCCUCUCCGACUUCAUAAGACCACUUCCCACCCUCCCACAUCCAUCUUCCAUAUCCCACGCCCAACCACGACACCCCGAACAUGCAAGCACAAUCAGCAUAGAGCAUGGCCCUCCGCACCCCCCCAACAGACCCCGAUAGCGACUACGGCUCUGAUUUCUCCCCCGAAGACCUAGAGGUUCUCGAUCGUCUCGCCGUCCAGACCCCAUCUACGGUGGUCAGCCUCCCUUCUCCGCUAACUCCAUUCCUUUUCUCCUGCGAGAACAGCCCAUCCGCUCGCCGCGAUGCCCAUCCCGCAGGCUCACGCUAUGUGGCUAGGAUGCCGAUCGCGUAUGAGACUCAACCCCCCCCGGCCCCGCCAGUCCGUAGCAGCGCACACCCAGGCAGCCCAAACGGUGCCAUCUACCCGGAUCUCUCCGCCACGCUCUCCUCGCUCAACGAACCCAUCACCGCACCUGAAGCACCCCCACCCCCACCCGAAGCCCCAGUCCGCGACCCUCGCAGCCCCCUUCAACGCUACCGCCCCGCCCCCCGCACAGCCCUCUCCGUCACCGACCUCGUCUCCCCCGCCUGGUGCGAGCUUCAAUACUCCAUGACCCUCGCGAUGCACGGGCGCAAGCCGCGCACCGAGGCUAUGAAGCGCGGGAGCGAGGUGCACGCUGCGCUCGAGGAGGAGGUGUAUACUUCUGUCCAGAUCGAGGUUGCGACUAAGGAGGAUGCGUGGGGGUUGAGGGUGUGGAAUGUUAUUCAGGGCCUGAGAACGCUGAGGGAGACGGGGAUGACGAGGGAGCUUGAGGUGUGGGGUGUUGUGGAUGGGGAGGUGGUGGGGGGGGUUAUUGAUGAGGUUGGGUUUAUGUGUCCGGAUGUUGAGAAGGAGGAGGAGGCUGUCCAUGUUUUUGCGGUGGCUCGCGGUGAAGCACCGCCGCAGCCUAGGACGACACUCCCUACUGACCAGCGCGCGCUGGACGAGUACCUACACCCCGCCCCUCCUCAACCGACGAAGCGGAAAUUGUACAUCACAGAUGUCAAAACCCGCUCCGUCGCUUCCUUACCCCGCGGUGCGUCGUUUCGGCCAACGCAGCUCCAACUAAUGCUCUACCACACCCUCCUCUCCUCCCUCGCCGCGGGCGACACCCCCUUUUCCGCCCUCGCGGCGCGAUAUGAGCUUGACACGCACGCGCCGUUUAGUCCUGGGUUCGUGGCGCAGGUAUCCGCGCUCGCGGAUGAGGUGUUCUACGACGCCCCCUCAAGCGCGGAAGAAGUCGCCAGCGCGCCGGAUCCAGCUGGGUCGGAACUGGCGCGCAAUAAUACCCUAGAGAAGCUAUGGGGCGUUAUGAUGAAGUUAUUCACCGAGGUAGUAGGCGAGGGCGGGUUAGGACGCGUGCUCCGCGCGGAAUAUCGUAGUUGUGGGACGGGAGGGGUGAUUGGAGAGCAUGUGUUCGCAAUGGAUGAGGCUGUUUUGGGAGAGUAUGUGGGGCAUGGGAUGGGCUGGUGGAGGGGGGAGAGGGCGCCGGAGGGGGUUGCGAUAAAGGAGGCUUUUAAGUGUCGGAGUUGUGAGUUUGCAGAGGGGUGUGAGUGGCGGCUUAUGCAGGUGGAGGAGGCGAGGCGGAGGGCCAGGGGGGGGUGGAGGGGGUAG